UCAGUCAGCUCCAAACUAGCCAGAUUACCAUCGCUGUCGUAAUUCGACACACGUGCGAGUUAUCAACAACCAACAAGAAUGACGGAUUUUAACAAGUAUUGCCAAGAGGCGGCCGAAGAGGAGCUGCCGGACUCCGAAGACGAGGAAGACAUCGGCGACGAGGAUACUUGUAGCGCUCAGGAGCUUGCAGCUUUAUUUCAACACCAGUACAGGCCACAUGAUGAAACCGGUGUUUCCUUGCAGCGAGAAUAUGUGCUCAAUCUGUCAGCAGAUCAGGGAUUCACGCGGAUUGCCGCCGGAUUAUCUAGUUCCGCCGUUCAUAUCUACAACCUGGAUGCAGGCGCUGGAAAACUAGCCAACUUCAGCUUCUUGCCGCCUACAGAUUGUCCGAAACCAGUAAGCGUUUGUGGUGUGCGCUUUCUUGAUGAGGGACCACAUAACGUCCUGGUGGGCACCACCGAUGGCUAUGUGCGCCUCUAUGAUCUGCGUCUGAAGGGAGAGCAAGCAAGGUUUAAAUACACCCAGAAUGAGGGGAUUGCUCCGGUGCCCAAGUCCAUCACGUGUUUUGACAGGAACGGCAAUGGUCGAAUUAUAUGCUGUGGCACCGAACAGUUUCACAACAACUCGUUCCUGCUGUUCUAUGAUGUCCGGGAGCGUCGGCAAAUGGGAGUCUAUUGUGACAGCCACGAGGGCGAUAUCACCUCGGUCCGGUUUCAUGAACAGAACCCUGAUCUUCUGGCCACGGGCAGCGUGGACGGACUUAUUAACAUAUUUGAUGUUAAGGAGGCGGACGAGGAUGAGGCCUUGCUCAAUACCUUUAACACGGAGAGCAGUGUGGGCCGCCUGGAGUGGCACAAAAAUGUCUACGACAAGGACAUCAUAUCCUGCAUCACGAACACUGGUGAUUUUAAGAGCUACGAAAGUGAGGAAGGCGACGAGGUAGCCUCCUUUGAGCGGUCUUAUGUCACAGAGGCUAUUAGGCGGAAAAAGGCAGCAAAUUUCAACUUGAUUAGUGCCCAUAACCAGGAGGACGGAGGAGUCUUUCUACUAGCGGGCACAAAUUUCAACAAAGGGGAGAUCCUGCGAUCCGUGAGCGUAACAUCGAAAAAAAGUUUGCAGCCGUUGGCCAAUUUUCAGGGAAAUAAGCAAAUCGUUAGAGACAGUUUGUUUGAUAGCAAGAGGGGAUUACUGUUAACAGGUGGCGAGUCCGGCAUUGUUACAGUUUGGACACAGGAAUCAAGCGGGGCAAGCGUCAGCAGUGAUAAGCUUAAGGUCAAGAAGGAAAAGAAGUCUCGCAAGCAGGCUCCAUAUUAAAUUUUUUUAUAAAUAAAGAAUUUAAGUAAUUUA